AGCCGUUGGCCACAUCCGGUUUAAAUCAUUUAAGCGGCUUCAUGGCCUCUGUGCGCGCGCGCCGCUCGUUGCCUGGAGACGGUUCCCGCUCCUGUGGCCGUUGCUAUAGUAACGCCGACAACGGAGGACGGAGAAGCUUCUGGAACGACGACCUCCAGCCUCAGCAUCCGUCCAUCGUCCCUCCUCUGGAGACGUCCAAACCAUCUCAGUCUGGCCUCUCUGGCUUCAUCUCCAGAACAUCUACCAUGAGUUGUCCCUCUGAUGUUCUCAUUCCUGAUCCUCUCCAUCCUCGUCAUUACCAAGGAGAAUAUCAUCAUCUUCAUCUCUGCUACCUCCAGCUCUGCCUCCUGUCUCUUCCUACGAGGUUCUUCCACCUCGGCGGCAGCAGGAUGUCGGCGCUGUCGUUGAAGCCCAGCCUGCGCCACAGCGUCUCUGAUUGGUCGAGCAACAACCAGCAGCUGUCCGCCACAGCUCAGCACCAGCGCCACGUUUCCCACGAGGUCCGACAGGAGGGCAGGGCGCUGCGUAACGAGACCCACUGCAAGACGGUGUGGGAUGAGAGCGCCACGUCCCGCAGGCUCGGUGAUCGGAUCUGGGAUGUCGCUCGGUGGAGAGACGUGUUGGAGAGCUGCGCGCAGAAAGUGGACGAGGAGAUGGAGGCUCUCACUCUGUCCAAGGAGCAGAGCGAGCAGGCGCUGGCCGCCACCUCGGUCCCUCUGGAGGUCACCAAUGAGUGCCUGACGCUGAGGGAGGGCCGGCGAGGCUACGAGCUGGUCGGCGACGCUGUGGAGGAGCAGCUGAAGAAGGAGGUGGAGCUGAUUGAAGGCGUGCAGCAGCGUCUGCAGCGGGGCGUCCAUCAGGCCUUUGAGCAGCUGUGCCUUCUGCAGGAGGCGCGACACCAGCUGACCGCUGAUCUCCAGAACAAGAUGGAAGCUCUAAACAUCGAUAUGUCCUGCCUGUCCCUCACAACCACAUCACCCAACAUCUCCCUGAAGACCAACCCGACCCGGAUCCCAUCGGGGUCCUCCACCCCCCAGGAGUGGGUCCAGUUCAGCCAGCGUAACGUGGCUCGUGCCCACGAGGCCGUGCACGUGUCGCAGCAAAUGAGAGAGGAGCUGAGCCUCAGCAGAGCGCAGCUCCACAACGAGCUGGAGGCCCAGCUCAGAGCCACCGAGUUCGCUCUGCGGAAACGGACCCACCAGGAGCAGCGGGCCAGAGACGAGCUGCAGUGGCAGAUGAAAAACACCCAGGACGAGAUGGCAGAGAUGGAGAGCGACAUCCGCGGGCUGGACGCAGACCUGCAGGCCAAGACGGCCUCCCUGAAGCUGGCUCACACCCGGCUGGAGGCGCGGACCCAGCGGUGCGGCGUGGAUCUGUGCCGGGACCAGGUGCAGCACGGCCUGGUGGCUGAGGUGCAGCAGCUGGAGGCCACCAUCCAGGAUCUGAAGCAGAAACUCUCUGAAGCUCAACACUCUCUGCAGAAGCUGAAGCUCCAUCACAGCCGCAUGCAGCAGGACCUUUCCAGGAAGCAGGAGGCUCUGACUCUGGAGCAGCGCAGCAUCCACACCAGGACCCGCAUCGCAUCUCCUUCCUGGUCCGAUAGGACGGCGCCGCCGCUGGUUCCGCUCAUGAACUCAAGCGGGAGGAGCGACCUUCAGCUGCUGGCCCGUUCCCUCACAUACUGAGGAGGUCAGCCUGGAGACGAGCCGCCUGACAGAUUUUACCUUUUAUUUGUUUUAACCUUUUUAUUAUUCCAGUUGCUGUUAUGACCCGAGCCCCACAGAUAUUUACGAGCAGAUGAAAAGUCUGAAAGAAGGGUUUCAAUCAUGAGGAGUGGACGUCAGACCAGUGGUGAGCAACGAGAGUUAAUGUGCAAACAGGAGACACACCUGAGGACAGGUAACUAGUCUAGUCCUCAAGUUAGAAGUGACUUCACAUCAAGACCUGUCCAAAGAGUCCUGAUCCUACCUUCCUGUAAUCGUUGAUCUCUGGUUCUAUAGACUUCCUAAACGUACUAAGGCUGAACUACUGUUGUGUUGAUAGAAAACUUAAGAACUUUGUUUUAGUUGAAUGUUUUAGUAAAGAAUAAUUGACCGUGUUUGUUCCCAGAACUUAUUGGAAAACCGACUUAAGGUUACUUUGCAAGAAGUAAGGGUGUGUGAUAUGUGCCGUGUUGAAUAACAUCUAAAGUCUUAUAUUAAUUACGCUCACAUUGCUAAAGGAGUGAAAAUGAUUGACCACAUGUCGGCGUGUUAGAUUUCCCAGUGGCUAGGUGUCCUCUAAGCUACGGGCGACGUGUGGAGUUUGGUUUUCAGGAAUCUUCAAGCAGAACUUUUUCCCCCAAAACUUUAUCUCAUCAAAUACAUUUUACAAACAUAUAUUACACAAUACAACACAAUACAAUAGACAUGACAGCUUACAAACACGAAACAGGACUAAAUCACAGGAAGAGCAAAAAAGCAGAGCUAGACAAGGAUGAUUUAAAAAAAUAAAAUAAAGAAUAUAACCAAAGAUGGCGGCACGACAAACCGCUUUGACCUUGACUGACCUAGCCACCAGACCCAAUACAGCUUGCAGGACAGCAUUCUACCUUCCUAAAAAACAAAGAAACCACGGCGAGGUUGUUGCAAGAGGCCUGAAAGCAGCGCUGACAUAACAGUGGCUAGCACACGGUUCUCAUGGCAAUGGGACACUGAUGCUAAUGUCUUAUCAUUAUUAUUAUUAUUAUUAUUAUCAUCAUUAUCAUUAUUAUUAUUAUUAUGCCGUUGAGCUCCAGGUUAAUAGCUGUGAAUAAAUGUUACUUUCAGCCAACCUACAGCUGCUGCGUGCGCUCCAGGCACGUUCUUUAGUUUUAUUAAAAGGUCUAAACUUUAAAAUUUUCAUGUAUUAUCUCAAGUUACAAGUCACAUCAGAAAAGAACCUGGCCGUUUAGGUACCUUGUUCCAGAAACAUGGUUCAGGCUCAUCGAAGGUUCUCAAAAAGUGAUCUGUAAGUUUUAGAAGCGUA